CUUUUAUGAUAGAUAAUUGUUUAUCUUCUUGUUAAAUAACUUAUAAUGGACUCACAAUAUUAGAUUAUGCCAAGAGUGCUAUAGAAUACUUUGUAAAAAAGAGAACAAAGAAUCCAGAAAAUAAAUAUGAUUAAUACCAUCUUUUUUCGUCAAAGUAAUUUUUUGUUCCUUACAUAUUGUGUAUAGUUCUUCAAUCUCAACAUGGACAAAUGAUGUAUGCCACUUUUUACAAAAACUCAAAACUAUUCAACCAUAGUUCGAAUCUAACUUCAAUUUAGAUGACUGUUUCCACAAUUUAAACAAAUUUAGAACUUUAAAUGGUUAUUAAUAUAUAUAUUUUAAUCACAGGCACUGAUAAUCUUUAUGGAGGAAGAGAUGUCUUGAAAAUUGAAUCAGCUAUCAUAUUUGUAUUCACAAACAGAGAAUACAUGGGACCUGCUUUCCAUUAAUUGAUUAGAUGGGACUAUAGACUUCUUGUUUUUUUAUUACAACCUCCUGGAUUAGAAGAAACUAAUACAAUUUCUAUUUCAACUAAUUGGCAUCAUCUAGCUUCUUCUGUAGGUUAAGGAGUUUGUUUCGAAAUUCAAGAUUAUAAUAUUUUAUUCUAAAUCUUAGAUGAUCCAAAAUUAACACCACCAUAAAUAUCUAUUCAAUUAAAUCUUUUAGAUUAAUAAAAUAAAUAUGAUGAAAUUUAAUCAAUGAUUGAAAAAACUAAAAUUGAUUAAUAAUCAAGUCAGUCUUCUUAUUUGGUAAGAUCUCCUUAAAAACCAAAUCAAUCUUUUGCUUCUGUUCGUUUAAAAUGUUAACCUAAUAUGACAAUAUUUACUAAAGUUUAUUUACCUGAAUAAUAUCCCUUUACAGAUUUUAAUGUAUUUAUACUUAUUUUAAUUAAUAGAAUUAUCCAGCAUACCCAGAAUAUUUUGUAGAUUUUAAUGUAUCUUUUUAGGCUAAAUUACCUUAAUAAUUACCUUAUUAGGAAAUAUUUAUUGAAAAUGCUUCAUUAUUAAAAUUUGUCUAGGGUAUAUCAACUACUAAAAUCAAAACAUUAUAAUUUCCCAUAUUUUAUUUUGAAAAACGAGAUGAAUAAUAAUAUCAAUAUUUUGUUGGAUUAUUUUUGUUUUAGUAAAAUUCAACUAUUAUGGAAUUGCGAUUGUAUUAAUUUUAAUAUUCAAUUUUUUUAGUUAUUUCCCUAAUUUUUUAAAUUAUUAUGAACUCUUAAUUUAAUGUAGUAAUUCUACUGAUGAAACAAGAAGAUUUGCAGAAUAAAAAUUUUUAUAAUUUCUUUAAACAAUUCCAAAUUAUUAUGCUCCAUGUAUUAGAAAAAAUCAAAAUGAAUAAAGUAUUUAAGUAAAAUUAUUAAAACAAUAUUAUAAUUUAGAUAUAAAGAUAAUUAACAUUUUUGAUUGAUGAACAAACUCAAUAAUUUUAUAUGUCAAAAGUAAAAGCUCAUUAGGCUAAGAUUUAAAAGAUAAAAAAAUAAAUUGAAGAUGAAAAUUAUAAGAAUAGAUAAUUACAUAUAUCAAGAAAGAGUUAAUGUUGUGCUGCAUUCAGCGAAAAUUAUUAAAUUAAAUUCUAAGAUUAAAUUAAUUGUGAAUUCAGAUAAGUAACAUAGUAUUAAAAGGAUGUCAACUUUUAAAGUUUUCUACCUUAAUCAGAAAUACAAUCAUGUUUGCCUUAAAUGCCAAUUAUAUAACCAACGUUAAGAAAUAUAUAUUUAGAUUUUGAUGAAUUAGAAGUGAGAUUAGAACCAUAAUUUUGUGGUAAUCCAUGGAAAUUAUAAAGAAAAACAUAUAGAGAUGGAAAUGAAAUUAAAGUUAAUAUUAUUAUUUAAAUAUAGAAUGAAUAAGAAGAAAUUUAAUUUGAAGAUAUGAUGCUAACGAAAAUGGAUUCUGAAAAGAAAUCUUAAACAAAAAAUAGAAGGAAAGGAUUUAUGAGGCUAAAGGAUAUACAAAAUUGUAAUCAUAAAUAAGUUAAUAUUGAAUAAUAAGAAAUGGAAAUAGAAGAAAAUCAAACCGAAUCAUAAUCAUAAACCAAAUUAAAAUAUGGUUCUAUACCAUUUAAUCCUCAUUUUUAAGUAAUUCUUUCUUCCAAAUAGGCUAAAAUUAAAUUGAUUGUCCUAGCGAAAUUGAAUAAUUCUGUAUCCACAAACAAUUGA